AUGGCUCUCACAAGAUUCACGAAAUUUCACCGGCCUACGUUCGACGGAGAUGUGAUAGAUCCUUGGACAGUGGAGACAUGGUUAGCGACAAUGGAGACCCUGUUCGAGGACAUCUACACUGAGGAGCGAGAUAAGGUGAAUUUGGCCGCACACUGUUUCGACAAACGGGCCCAAGUGUGGUGGAAGCGAGUAAAGCAAGAUCGAGCUCCGGCUCUUACCCCGAUCGAUUGGGAGGAGUUCCGGAAGCUGUUGUUUGCGGAGUACUUCCCCGACAGUGAUAGGCGGAAGAUGCGGGAAGACUUCAGGAAGCUUAAGCAAGGCAACCGCACGGUUCGGGAGUACGAGCGGGAGUUCACCCAUCUUUUGAAUUGCGUCCCGGACGUUGCGGUAACGGAGCAAGACCGAGCAGAUUGCUUCGUGAGAGGACUCCGACCAGGAGUGUUUCGGACGGUGCAUGCCUUCAAGUUCCAUACUUUUGAGAAGGCCUUGGACCGUGCCUUGUGGGUCGAGCACGAGAACGCUUGCGAGCGUGAGGAUCGUGAGAUGUACGAGAAGGACAAAGAGAGGAAGCGACCGGGCGGUAGUUCGGGGGGACAAUCGAGUUCUAGGAAGCCCCAGAAGUAUCCACGAUCGCAAUUGAAGGGCCGCGGAGCACAGCGGUGUAUCUUUUGUGGCGGUGACCACCGACCUAGUGUAUGUGAGCAGCGCCGAGGAAAGUGCUUUAAGUGCGGGCAAGCCGGACACAUUGCACGUGACUGUCCUCAGGGAGGAGCUUCUCCUGCCCCGUCUGUUGCAUCGGCCCUGGCGAUUUCGGCUCGUUAUGGAGUUCCACUUGCUGCAGCGUCGGUUGGACGUGCGGCGGCGCCACACCAACCUGAACCAGCACGAUCGGCUCUGAGCGGCCGGGUGUAUGCCGCUCAAGUGCAAGUCGAGGAACCCACCGAAGCCGAGGAGCGCAAUGUGGUGGCAGGUAUGAUUUUGGUUAACAGUGUUCGAGCAAGGGCUUUUUUGGAUACUGGCGCGUCUCACUCGUUCAUUAACCGAUCAUUUGCUCAAGAGCAUGAUGUCGAGAUUCGUCUAGGGGAGAACGUUUGA